CGUUACCAUUCAAAAACAUUAAUAAAACUUCAAAAUGGCGCCACGUAGAAAAAGUAUUGGAUCGUUACGCGGUUCUUUAAAUGACAGUUUAGAUAAAGAAAAUAAUUAUUUGCGUUCAUUAAGUGAUUAUCAAGCACGAGUUCGAAGGCGAGAAAGUAUUCGAAAUUGUAAAAAUGUAGCGGAAUAUGACUUAGAACAAAAAAUUGAACUAGAAACUAAAAUCAAAGAAGGAUCCUCUAGAUUAUUAGCUGCUGCGCGGCAUCCUGCACAAAGUUUAGAAGCAGCACGUGCUUUGUUAACUUCAAGCAAAAGAAUGUCUGCUUAUAUGGUUGAAUUAGAACAUCAGAAAAAAGAUAUAUCAUUGAAAACAAGCACUUUUAAUAGUAAGGGGAAACUGUCAAUUUCAGAUCUUAGAUUUCCUUUGAUGUGGAGAGAUACUGAUCAUUUUAAAAAUCGUGGAGAUUAUCGAAGAUUUGCAAUUUUUUGUAUAGUUCGAGUUGGUGCAGAAGUUCAUGAUACAAAUUUACUUUUUCCCAUUGAUAGAAAACAAACUGAUAUUAGUUUUCCUGAUGUUUUAUUGUUCAAUAAUGUGCCAGCUGAAUUUGAAUUAUCUUUAGAAGUUUAUAGUCAUAUUUUACAAGAAGAUCUUAGUAUUGCUAGUACUCCAAGAAAAAUCAGAAAAACAAUUCAUUCUUCAAUUUCAAAAACUGUAGGUAGAAAAUUCGCGGCAGUUUUACGAGAUGAAUAUGAGUUUAACAAAGUACCACAAUUUGAAUUAAUGGCUUACGCAAAAAUGACUCUUGAUGAUAGCAAUAGAAAUAUACGUUCACAUGAUUUAACAUUAAACAAUUUUGGCAAUAAAAUUCAAAUAUUGCCGCUUUUUGGACAUUUUUGCUGUCGCUUAGCUGUUCAACCAUAUUAUAUGAAUAAAGAAAUUUGCGCUGGAUUUGCAAUUGUAAAUAAUCAACGAUGUUGGAUACGGUUACAGAGUUUUCAAAUUGAUAGUUGGAAAUCAAAGAAAUGUAUAGAAAAAUUAGAGCCUACAUAUACGAUUUGUAUGACAAAGGAAACUAUUGUCCGCCGAUCAAAAUCAAUAAAAAAUCAAUUACGAAUAAUUAAUUAUAUAACUGAUAAUGAAAAACGCGAUAUUAUAGAAUUAUAUUCAAAUGAAGAUGCUCAAAAAUGGUUUGAACAAUUGACAAUAUGUAUUCAAGAACAUGCUAGAUGGAAACAUGCAGUGAUAAUACCUCAACAAGUUCCAAAUUUUGAAUAUCUAAAUGAAAAUACAAAUAUAAAGAAUUUUUUCAAUAAUACAAACAAACGACAAAAAUCUCUUUAUGACGAAACUUCAUUACUAGAUAAUAUUUGUAAAGAAGUAAACAUAUUUCAAUCUAAAUAAAAAACAUAUUUUGUUUUAA